AUGUCUUCCAACAAUCAUCAACUGCCAACGGCCAUUUCGGAGCAUGUUGCAACACUACGAGAAGAGGCUUCUCUCGGAGGAGAAGAUCAGGAAAGAGAAUCAUCAAAUCAACGAUAUUAUUCUCACAGAAAUGUUUUGUCGUCUCGAUUUGUUCGAUUUUUGGAUCGUCUAUUGGGGACCUCGCAUGAUUCACAAGAACAUGAGCAAGAUGAAGAUGAACAAUCAAGCACAAGUUCUCCAUCUUCCGAGGAUGAUCAUGACGGAGAAGAGGAAGAUGAAAUUAUUAACACUGAUGAAGAGUAUGAAACAGAGGAGGACGAUGAAGACGAAGAGGACGAUGAGGAACCUAAUGAAGAAACGGAAAAUGAUGAGCAAUACGAAGAGGAAGAUGAGGACGAUGAUGAAAAUACUUCAAAUUAUUCCACCAGCGCUUCACUGAACACCACUACCACCACCACCACCACCGAACACCAUCAUCAAGCACGUUUCACGAAUUUGCUAACUUGUACCAUCAUUACAGAGCUACAUAAGGCUCUCACUCACUACGCAAUAUCGCGAAAGCUAACUCGAAAAAUUGCAUCUUAUCACUCUAACAUGAUUGAGUCUUGUGAAUAUUUGUCGAACCUCAAGAAGGCCCUUGUGAUUGUUUUGACAGCCAAUUCAAAAUGGACACCAUUCAGUAUCAAAGAGCUCUAUGCGAAGGUCUUUCAUAAAUUAAAAGAAAGAUCGGUCAUGAGCACGUUUGAUUUGAGAGUGCUACACCUCGUUUUACAUAUUAUAUUCGAAAGUCCUAGGACACAGAAUCAUUCUCGAGGCAACAUUAAUUUUCAACAAGAUUAUGAUUUAUAUCACUACACCUAUCCAAUGAUCAUUGAAAUGUAUGAAUAUCUAUUGGAGGGUUUUAGAGAAAAGACAAUCACUCCCUCCUCGUUUGAACAAGAUUUUUCUGAUUUGAAUGGAUGUUUAAUGGUUGGUACGAAUAUGAAUUCAUCCACACUGGCUCCAGAAGAAUUUAUUCAAAAGAUAUUGCAUCACUAUCGAAAGAAAUAUCUAGAUGUUGCCUUAAUUGCAGGAGCUCGAAGAAUUCAAAAUGACAUGAUUUUGUAA